AAGUCAUCAACGUGCGACUAGUGUGUCUAUAUAUUUACAAACAUACAUAUUAUUUUUUGAGUGCGAUUUAGGGAAAACUUAUUAUAUCGUGAAUUUAAGUAACUCAAAAAUUUAUCAAUUGUCUAAUUUCAAAACAAAAAUUGGUUUGAAUUAAUAUAUUUCAAAAAAAUACUCAAAGGUUAUGAUACAAAUAUAUAUAUUACAUUAAUAUAGUUGAUUUUUAAGAAAGUAUACACAUACUUAAUAAACUUUCUUGUUUAAUUUAUUAAAACUUGUUAUAUUACAAUGUUAAUUAUUUUCAAUAAUAUACUAUUUAAAACAUGCAGUUCCAAUCCUCGAUGCAAGCAAACAAUAUUAAUUUCAAGAAGUAAUGAACAAGAAAACGUGCUUUUUGACAUUCUUUUCUAUUGAAAAAUGUGGAAGAAUAUAAACAAAUUCUUUUUAUAAUAAAAAAUAUAACCAUGUUAUAUAUAGAUAUGUCUGUAAUAAUAUGUGCUAUUAUUUUGAACUCAGACCAUAAAUGACAAAUAAAAAUCGAAAAUUUUAUUUUUACAAAAUAUUAAGAUUUGAUAAUUCUUAAAAAUGUUCAAAAAAGUUAUUGUUGGUAUUUCUGGAGGAGUUGACAGUGCAGUAGCUGCCCUGCUAUUAAAAUCAAAAGGAAUGAAUGUAACAGGAGUUUUUAUGAGAAAUUGGGAUGUAGUUAAUGAAGCUGGAGAAUGCCAAGUUGAACAAGAAUUACAAGAUGCAAAAUGGGUUUGCAAUAACUUAAAAAUUCCAUUGAUAGAUGUUAACUUUGUUAAAGAUUAUUGGAUUGAUGUAUUUAGUAAUUUGGUGGAAAGUUAUGAAAUAGGUAAAACUCCUAAUCCAGAUAUAUUAUGUAACAGAAAAAUCAAGUUCAAUAAAUUUUUUCAAUAUGCUUGUAAUGAACUUGGAGCAGAUGCCAUAGCAACAGGGCAUUAUGCUCAUAGUAGUUUUGGUCCUUUUCUGGAAUAUUAUCAACCAAAUAAAAAUGUCGCUUUACUCAGAGCCAAAGAUUUUUACAAAGACCAAACGUUUUUUCUCUCUCAAAUAUCACAAGAAGCGUUAAGACGAACUAUGUUUCCAAUUGGUGCUUUUUUAAAAAGUGAUGUAAAGAAAAUAGCUAAAGAAGCAGGUUUAGACGUUGUUUUAAAUAAAAAAGAAAGUGCUGGAAUUUGUUUUAUAGGUAGGAGAAAUUUUAAAGAAUUUAUUAGAGAGUAUGUUGAAGAUAAGCCAGGAAAUUUUAUUGACUUUGAAACUGGAACUUGUAUUGGAAGGCACAAAGGUAUUCAUCAAUGGACUUUAGGACAAGGUUGUAGAAUUGGUGGAACACUAAUGCCUUAUUAUAUUUAUCAAAAAGAUCUUGAAAAUAACAAUAUCUACGUUGUGGCAGGUAAUAAUCAUCCAGCAUUAUUCUCAGAAUUUUUUUCUACUGCUGAAGUGCAUUGGAUCAACAAAGAGCCUGAACAAUUGAAAAAUAGUAAAAGUGUUUUUAACUGCAAUUUUCGAUUUCAACACCGUAGACCACUAGUCCCUUGUACAGUAUUCAAAACAAUUGAAAACAAGUUGUUCAUUCACGUUGAAGAACCACAAAGAGCUGUUACUGCAGGACAAUAUGCUGUACUGUACUGUGGGCAAGAAUGUUUAGGAAGUGCAGAAAUUUUAAAUACUGGACCAUCUUUUUACUUUAUUGGCAAAGAUGCUAAAGAAUAUGUACAAAUAGAUAUUUAAAUACAAUGGUUUUUUGAUGUUCACUUAAAAUGUACAUAUUGUUCAAGUUUGUGAAAAAUAAUUUUCAAUAAUUGUAAACUAUUUUGUAAAAAUAAAAUAAACUGAUUUAUUAAUAACUUUUUCACAUAUUUCUUAGUUAAACUAUUAUUUAAUAGCUUUAGUAUUCUCU